CAGCAAUGGCAGCCUUUACGACAGAUGAAUUUUAAUGACAGCGAACCACAGUAAUGUUUGAAAGCAGUGGAAGUCUGUCAUUGAUUUUUCUAAUUACUUUGGAUACUCUUCUUGUGGAAAAUACGUACAAAAUACUUAAUUGGAAUACUUAUAUUUUGAUACUACGAUUACUAGUGGUAAUACAUACAUUUUCUUACAAACUUUCCUUCCAACCUCAAAAUGUGGCACGAAGCCCGACGCCAAGAACGGAAAAUUCGAGGAAUGCUUGUCGAUUACAGGAGAAGGGCUGAAAGACGAAGAGAUUUCUACGAGAAAAUUAAAGCAGAUCCAACUCAGUUCCUGCAAGUCCAUGGUAGACAAUGCAAGAUUCAUCUGGACCCACAAGUAGCUGCUGCAGCAGAUAGUGCUGUAAUGAUGCCUUGGCAAGGAAAUAGUGAUACUUUAAUUGAUAGAUUUGAUGGACGAGCUCAUUUGGAUUAUAUUCCACCUUUAAAGAAAGAAGAAGAAACAGAACUUUCCCAAGAGGAAAGACAGCUGAACUAUGAACGAUACAGGAUUAUUGCUCAGAAUUCUUUCCUGGGAAUAAGCGAAGAGAAAUUUCUCAAGCAGUUACAGUUGGAAGAGCAGUUUGGGUACACAGAACAUCACCAAAAAGGGAAGAAAGAACAAAAAACUGGUGGGGUAGCCAUUGGAUUCAACUAUGAUGAAGGAACAGCCCCUGCUCCACUACCAGAACAGCCCGACUCGGAUCACGUCGCCGAAGAUUCCGAUUCGGACGCCGACUGCAGCGACCUAGACGUUGACCUCUCGGUGAACGUCAGCAAAAUGGACGCGGCACAAGCUCAUGAUAUGAACAAACAUGGCAGACAGUUUGGAAUGCACUCUAAUGAUUUCUACUCUUUUCUCACUGAUGAUAUGGAGGAGGCUGAAAACCGAAGGUUGGCUAGAGAAGAGGAACAGGAGAAAGCUUUGUAUGCUGGAAGAAAAUCUAGAAGGGAGAGGAGGUAUCAUAGAGAAAAGCGCCUGGCCAAUAGGGUACUGAGUCCACCAAGUUAUGCUGCUAGAGAAUCACCAACAAUACCAACGUCAUUACGAGAAUCUAAAUCUGCAUCAAGAUCUCCAUCUCCAGAUAAUGCAGGAAAAAUAACUUUCAUCACCAGUUUUGGGGGCGAAGAAGAAACUCCGUCCAGCAGCAAGCCAACCACUGCAACCUACGCGGAUAAAGUAAAAUCCAACCUAAAAGCAAGAAGUCGCAGUUCUGAGCGAGCAGUUUACAGACGUCGUAGUAGGUCAAGAUCGGACAGCAAGAGAAGGAGAAGUAGGUCUGGAAGCAGGAUAAGGUCCAGGAAGAGCAGGAGUAGAUCGGUAUCCAAGGGGAAACGGGCGAGAAGGUCGAAGUCUCCCUUUAGACGGAGGAGUAGAAGCGAUUCCAAUAGCAGUAGAAGCAGGUCGGUCAGUGUUGUGAAAAGGCGAUCGAGGAGUAGAUCGUAUUCUAGAGAUAGAAAAUUACAUUCCAAAUCUUCUCGAGGCAGCACUAAUCGUAACUACAAUCGUCAACCUCGUAGCUCCAGUGAUUCUAGUAGUUCUUCUAGCUCAUCGUCGAGAGCUACAAGCCCUCUUAAAAGAAAAUCUUAUAGCUCUUCGCCUGUAAAAGAAUCGCCCAACAAAUCCAGGCAGACACAACAAGAAGAUAAUAAGAUGGAGGUGGAUGAACCACCGAAGGUACUGCCGAGGUACUACGGGAGGAAGAGGAGCGACGUGAGUUCUUCAGAAGAUGAAGACGAUGAGGGAAAUCAGAGUAAUGGGGAACAACAAAAAGGACAAUCGGUUAAGAGUGAUAACUCGGUGAUGGGACAUGGUAAUAGUUCUGGCAUCGGAACCAAAGUCAAAAACCUCAGUAAAUAUGACCAUCAUAGAACGGUUGAAAAGAAAAAGACAGGCGUUGUUAAAUAGACAGUGU